CUCCUCUUCUUCUCCCUGCAGCCGAACAAGACCUAGCCACCGACAACACCUCCUCUUGAAAAACUAGUGAGAAAACUUGAUUUUUGCCCUUCUUUCUUGUUCAAGAACAAGAUUUAGAGCUUAGAAACCUCCCCCCUGCAGGAAAUUUUUGGAUCUACCCUGCUCUGUUCCUUCCGUCCGCUGCUCUGCCGUGUGUGGGGGUGAGUUUUUCAGUUUCUGGUAAGGGGAAACAGCCACCAAUUUCUCUGUUCUUCCUUGAAUUGGCUUGGGUUUGCUCUAAUUUCUGUUGGUUUCUCCAAUUUUGGUAGAUCACCUAAAUUUCUCCUUCAUUCCCGCCGGUCUUCCCCCAAACUGCAACUCCGGUUUUGCUUGCUAAAAUUCUGCAUUUCAGGAAGCGAAGUCAAGAAUGGGAAAAAACGAGGGGAGUGACGAGUUAGAAGGCUAGCCAUCGUGUAAAUUGAAUAUAGAUUUUAGAUAUAAAUCAUGAUCUUGUAAAUUAUAUUUUAUUUGGAGAUUUUAUAAUAUCAAAGCAAAUUUUUAAAAUUUUAUCUUCAAAUUUCGUGGUAUCAGAUUGCGAUAUGAUAAGUUUUGAGUUUUGUGCAUUUGUGGGAUCCUCUCACAAGUGUAUGGCGUCUAUCAUUCCUCGAAUUUGGGUUUUGGGGCGUGAUAGUAAUUUAGCAUGAAUGACCUGAAUGAUGUUUACCAUGCCAUGAUAAUCAUUCAAGCUUUGAUUUACUUGUUGCAUGUUGUUUUCAACCCAAAUAUGCUCAAUAAGGCCAUUUAAAGCUUCUCGCAUCUUUUUAGCUCUAGCUCUUGUGAUCGGACCUUCUUAAAUGUGUAAUGAAUCCUUUGACAUAGUACAUGUGCUAUCAUCUUGAUUCUCAUCAUCUUACCUUAGAGCUUGGAAUAAAUGUAGGUUAUUGAA